AUGGCUUCGUCAUUGAAACUGGCCGGGCUUGCCUCCUUGGCCGUAUUGAGCUGCCCUGUCGCAGGUACAAAAACUCAUGCUCACUCGAACCAUGCUCUAAAGACUUUCAACGAGACGGUUGGCGGACGUGUGCAGCCUCUCCCCCCUUUCUCUCUGCCCUGCUUCUCCAAUUACAAUGGGCAACCAGUGGUUCGCGAUGAUGCAGUCUGUACCGCAAUCCAGGCUAACUACUCGGACCCAUGGCUACGAACAAACUCUCCCAAUGGCUACAUGAACAACCAGGCCGAAAUGUGGGCAUCUGAUCCCAGUGAUCAGUGUCUUCUCGAUGAUAGUGAUCCCGCUGACCCUUUGGCGUACGUGAAUGCCACCUGCCAGCAGGGAAAUGUACCUUCUCAUUAUCUGGAAGUACAGAGCCCAAAGGACGUGAUCGAGGCUUUCCGGUUCUCGAGGCACCACGGCAAGCGGCUCGUCAUCAAGAACAGCGGCCAUGACUAUCUCACUCGCAGCAGUGGGCGUGACUCGCUGUCCUUGUGGAUGCGUAAUCUCCGGUCUAUGCAUUACAACCCGGCCUUCGUUCCCCAUGGUUGCAACGAAGACGCUGACAAGUACAAUGCCAUCACCGUCGGGGCGGGAGUCAACUUCGAUGAAGUCUACGCCUUUGCGCAGCAGUAUAACGUCACGAUUCUCGGCGGGUAUUCACCCACCGUUGGUGUCUCCGGUGGCUGGGUCCAAAAUGGCGGCCACUCAAUUCUCAGUCCCGUAUACGGGCUCGGCGUUGACCGCGUACUCGAGUUCAAGGUCGUUACUCCAGAUGGUGUCUACCGAACUGCCAACGAAUUCCAGAAUGCUGAUCUAUUCUGGGCUCUGCGAGGCGGCGGUGGUGGGACAUUUGGUGUGGUUCUUGAAAGCACCCACCGCGUCGAGCCAGCCGUUCGCUUCGUCUCAGCCAAUAUCAAAUUCCCCAGCACUUCUACCAACAUGCUCCCCUUUAUGGACAUCGUCAUCAACAACACCUUGAAAUGGGCUCGGGAAGGCUGGGGCGGCCACAUUACCGGCAACACCCUCGUCAACAUCUCUCCUCUCCUCUCCGCCGACGAAGCCAAGACCUCCCUGGCAGACGUAAUCGCCUAUGCCGAGGCAAAUGGCGGCUCUGCCAUCAUCGAAGAGUUCACCUCCUGGUACCCAUUCUACGAGAAAUAUGUCACGACCAGCUCCGUUGCCGUCGGUGUCACUCGCUUCCCCGGAAGUCGUUUGAUCCCGCGUUCCGUCUUCGAAACGAUCGAAGGCCGGGCGGAUCUCAUGGCGUUCUUCACCCUCAUCCAGUCCAUCGGUCAGACGCCUUAUAUCCCCGUCGUCGGACCGGUGCUGUAUAAAUACACCGAAGGAUCGACUAGUGCCGCUCCCGCCUGGCGAGAUGCUGUCUGGGAGUUGGGUUCCGGGGCUUCAUGGUCAUGGAACAGUACCCUUCCGACUCGAAUCCAGAAGAUCGGAACCAUCCAGAAUAUGACGGCCGUUAUUGAGGGGAUUACGCCGGGUAGUGGUGCGUACAGUAACGAGGCCAACCCAUUCACUAUUAAUUGGCGAGAAGCAUGGUGGGGUGAUAAUUAUGAGAAGUUGGUGAGAAUUAAGCAUCGGUAUGACCCGCACGGGUUGUUGAGUUGCUGGAAGUGUAUUGGUUGGGAGGAGUCGCAAGCGGCCACUUCGUCAUUUGCUGCACUUCUCUGA